UCCAGUCGUGGGCUGGCCACUGACAGAAGCUGCAUCCACGCUGACUGAUGCUCAACAGACCCUGAUUACCCGUCUGUGCUCACAACUUUUACGCACAAGACAAGAUGAGAGCCUUGGUUUCAGCCGCGACGUUUCUGUGGGUGAUCGCGAUACCCUGCACGGAAGCCAUCCACGGAAUGUAUAACUUUGGCCAGCACGAGUUAUUCUACAAGAAGAACCACUGCAAGCAAAUCCCUGCUAACCUCCUGCUGUGCCACGACAUCGAGUACACGGAGAUGCGCCUCCCGAACCUGCUCGGACACGAAACCAUGAACGAGGUUCUGCAGCAAGCCUCGUCCUGGAUCCCGCUGGUGCAGAAGCAAUGUCACCCGGACACGAGAAAGUUCCUCUGCUCCCUCUUCGCGCCCGUGUGUCUGGACGAACUGGACGAGCCCAUCCAGCCGUGCAGGUCCCUGUGCGAAAGCGUCAAGCAGGGCUGCGCGCCCGUGAUGUCCGCGUUCGGCUUCCCCUGGCCGAAGAUGCUGGACUGCGACCGUUUCCCGCUGGACAACGACCUGUGCAUUCCCCCGGCAGGCAUCGACAACUUUGUGCCAGCCACCAAGGAGGUGCCCAGAGUGUGCGAUGCUUGCAAGGAAACGGACGAAAAUGACAACGAAAUUGUUGACAACCUGUGUAAGAAUGACUUUGCUCUGAAGAUCAAAGUGAAGGAGAUCUCCUACAUCAACGGCGACACCAAGAUAGUGCCGGAGACCAAGAGCAAGACCAUCUACAAGCUGAACGGCGUGACGGAGCACGACCUGAAGAAGACGGUGCUGUGGCUGAGGGACGGCCUGCAAUGCAUCUGCGAGGAGAUGAACGACAUCAACGCCGCCUACCUGGUCAUGGGCCAGAAGAGGGACGGCCAUCUGGUCAUCACCUCGCUGAAGCGCUGGCAGAAGGGACAGCGCGAGUUCAAGAGGAUCUCACGCAGCAUCCGCAAGCUGCAGUGUUAGGAGGCAGAGAAGAAAACAAACUGCAUGUGUUACUGUUGAAGUUAAAGUUCAGUCGAGCUCUUCCCCCGUUCAAAUUUCAGCAUUGCCGUCAAGUAAAGUCCAACAAAGAAGUUUUCCCGGGCAUUUAAAGACUCAUCGCUUCAUGUGUCAGCCACUGGUUCGUCAUUUAAAAUGCUAGAUUCAGGAAAAAAAGGUCAUAUGGGGCCCAGACAGGGCUAAAAUAACUUUACAAUAACUUUAUUUGAGCCUGCAUUUUCCGUUUUAGGCCAAUACAUUGCAACUAAGGUUAAACUACUUUAAACGGCAACCUCCGGAUUCUAAAAAAUACAAAUUAAAUCGGGUGCAGACAUUCAUCUGACUUUCAUCCAAUGAUUCCCAUUCAUUUUGCAUUGGCCCCGUUAAUGCAGAGGCCAGUUCUCAAGCGCUGUGUCCUUCCCUGGGGAGCUGUCUUCGCUGUCACCUCAUUAAUUGCAGUUAAUUGCCCUCGGCCUCCUUCCCAUGGGCAGACUGGAUCCCUAAUUGCAUGGUUAGAGUUCUGAAUCCAGGAUUAUAAAAUGACUGACUCUAAUAAUCAUUGGCAGAUGAGGCCUACUGUUAAAUCCUGCCGAAAGGUUGAGUUUUAUUAGACUUAAAAAAAUACGUUUCUUUUGUCUACUUCUGUGCGGAGGCCUCAAACUGUGUUAAAUCCUCAGAAUUCCUAUUGAAGAAGUCAAAGGCCUUGACUGGACAGGACUCUAAUUCAGGUUCAUUAAAGUCUUUCUAAAUUUGGUAUUCGCUUCCUACAGUUACAGACAUUGAGUCACUUUGUUAGGGAAGCUAUGAUCCUGUAUCUGAGACUAACAUAAAGAUAUUGGUGUUUUUGUAUUCUUUCCGUUUUCUCCAGCAAAAAAGAAGAAGAUGAGAGAUAGCUGGCUAUAUUCUCUGCCUGUUCCACAUUUGUAAUAUUCUUGAUAAACCUUUUGUACUUGAGCCACUGCAUAUUUUUCUACCACAAUAUGAUAAAAAACCUAAAUAUUUUUCUACUCCGUCUGGACUUUCCCACGUCAGUUAAGCUUUUAUGUAAACUUCAUCCUGUUGUUUGAGUAACACAAGUUGGUUUUUGUCCUGGUGUUUAAUGUUGAUUAUCUGAGUUUGUGGUCGGUGGUUUAUAACUGUGUGGUGGUGUGUAUGUGUGCAAUGUAAAGUUUGUUUUUCUUGGAAAGUAUUACUGUGUAAAUAUCUAAUACUGUCCGUUUUAUCCUGUGUAAUGUUUCCAGCUAUUAAAAGUUGCCAACAUGUUUUUUGAAA